UCUUCGCUUGUGUUUUUAUGUUUGAGUUUUCACUUUUAUAGUUUAUUUUAUGUCGAAUUUAAAAGAUAUCAAAACUUUAUCGUGGUAUUCGUCUUACUUUGAUGGCUUUAUAAUUAAUCGAAUUUUCAAAGUAAAAUAAAGAUAUCAAUUUAGGAAGAUUUUUAUAUAUUUAUUUAUUUAUUUUUCUCUCUUCUCUUGAGGAUGAAUACAAAUGAAAAUUUUGAACCCUAUUUUGAAAAGAAAUUUACUUUCGUUAAGAAUGAUGAAUGGGUUCUGCCAUCUAUCGAUUCACUUUUCAAAGAUUCUGCUUGGCGGGACGAACAUUUUAUGACAAUGAAAGAAGUUUUGAACAACGUUAAAUCCUUGUUAAAUGAUAAAGGUGAACUCUGGCAGAAGCAUACGUCAAAUGUUAACAAAGCUGCUUUAGUCAUUCCCUACAUCAAGGAUAGAAUUCGCCUAGAGAUUUUAACUCAAGCUUGGUGUAAAUUUUUUGAAAUAUUGUCUAGUUAUGAACUGGUCCCAUCUGAAAGUUUAAUAUUUAAAUCCUUUCAUUUGUGUGAAGCUCCGGGGGCUUUUAUCAGUGCUUUAAAUUAUUAUUUAUUCUUGAAGUAUCCUGAUAUUUCAUGGGAAUGGUUUGCAAAUACUUUAAACCCGUAUUAUGAAGAUCAUAAUGUUAAAGACAUCAUUGUUGAUGAUCGGCUCUUAUUUCCUACUUUGAGAAAUUGGUACUUUGGAAAAGAUAACACCGGAGAUAUAACUAAUCCUAAGUAUUUACUUGAAAUCAAAGACAUUCUUGAAAAAAGAGGUCUUGUUAAAUUAGUUACUGCUGAUGGAAGCAUCAAUUGUUUGGAUAAUCCUGGUGAGCAAGAGUUCCUUGUUGCUGACCUUCAGUUUUCAGAAAUGCUGAUUGGCUUGAGUAUUUUAGCUCCAGGGGGCAGUUUUGUGAUAAAAAAAUUCACCCUGUUUGAAUACAUGAACAUCUGUCAAAUAUACUUUUUGAAUUGUAUAUUUAAAGAGGUGCAUGUUUUUAAACCUUUUACAAGCAAAGCUGGAAAUUCUGAAAUAUAUGUCAUUUGCCUAGGAUAUUCAAGUUCUGCAAGCAUAAGCACAUAUCUUGAUCAUUUAAGAGAAAAGUACUUGGCAAAUAAAGAAAAAGCUAUGUUUCCUCACUCACUGAUUCCAGAAUCAUUUAUGUUCCAGUUAAGAGAAUGCUCUAAGAUGUUCCUGGAAAAGCAGAUGAAUGCCAUCAACAAAAAUCUUGCAUUGUAUUCUUUAAAGCAAAUAAAUGAAGAAGUUUUAGAAGAAGAGAAAAGAAUCUUAGCUGAAAUGUACAUUAAAAAGUACAAUGUAAUUUCAAGUGAAGAAUAUAAUUCAUGGAGAUUGUUUCCAUUUCGCAAACAGAUAUGGACAAGUUUUCAUUGUGAAAGAAACAAAAGCUGCAAAUUUAUGUAUUUUCAUGCGCUUGGUGAAACAUUUGAUAAUUUAAUGAAAUCAAGAUCCAUGCUUUGGGAGGAUAUAGUACUAGAUAUCGAGAAAAGGUUAAAUUCUUGUUUUCCAGUCAAUCCAAAAAGAAAUCUUGACCAUCUGGAGUGGCAUGUAUUAUGGAAGGAACGGAAUAGAAUGAAGAGUAAAAGUUAUAAGAACUGGGUCACUUGUGGGAGAAAAAUAAAAUUAAUCCAAAAUUCUAAAUUUUGCAAUCCUAUGCUACUUCACUUGUGGAAUAGAAUUUCUCAUCAUCCUCAGAUUAACUCUGAAAAUCAUGAAGUAAAGACAGUUUGCUAUUGGGAUAUUGAUGCGUUAGUUUCUUUAAUUCGUGAACUUCAAAAUGUAGAGGAUUAUCACCUUAUAUUGAUAACAGUCAUGCAGCUGGAAAACAAUGACAAAGACCCUAUACUAUCUAACCUAAGAGAAGCAUUUCCUUUGAAUCAAACAAUUUGUUUUGACCUGACAUCUGAAGUCUUAGAGUUGCCCAAUGAAAGGAAUAUCAUAUAUAUCAAUACUACAUGGUGGACUCAUUCUUUGCAUCAAGAAAAUAUAAUAAAACAUGAUCUCACAAGAGUGCUACUUUAUGCAUUAAAAGCUAUGAAGAAUGGUGAUUUUCUCAUUAUUUGUGUACAGAGUCUCUUGACUAGGUACCUGGUUGGCUUAAUAUUUAUGUUAAUGUCUGUGUUUGAAAAGUUUGUGACAAUUCUUCCAAAUGAUGCUUCUCCAGCUAAUAGUGGACAGAUUUGGGCUUUUGGGAACUUUCAACAACCAGAAUGGACUAGUCGUUUGUUAAUGCACAUGAAGUUUAUUUUGGAUAUGAGUCUUUCAGAAAAUGAAGAGAUACUUGAAGUGAUACCAAUAACAACAUUAUGUGGUAGUCGAUUCUAUGAAUACCUAUUGAAUCUGAACAAUAACCAUGUAUUAACAAGAUUAAGGACCUUAACAGCAGUUGAAAAGUCAAAAUUAAGGAUAAAUGAAUAAUUUAUAUUUUUCUUAUCCAUGUGAUUCAUCUUUGUAACAUUUGUUUUAGUUAUUUAUGUGAUUCUUCUUUGUAACUUUUUUAAUAUAAUAAAAUAUUUAACAUAA